ACACGGUUCGACGUAUGAUGACAGGUGGUGAGUGAAUGAAUGCAUUGAAUUGUAUCGGAGUGCAUUGUACUGAAAAAAUAAAGUAUUGCAUUAAAAAUAACAUUACAAACCAUUGCACUUGCCAAAUUAUGUCUAUGAGCGUAACCUUAACAGCGCCAAUAGUCUAGAGUGCAUUAGUAUUGAAAUAUUACAUUACCUCUCAAAAUGGAUAUCCUAGAAAGAAUUUAUCGCAACAUUCGAGGACAGCUUUGCAACCUGCCGGCUACAGUGCCUAAAGCUGUGGAUUAUGUUAAUAAGUCAGUGCAAAAAGUGAAAAUACCACCAUUCACAAGGGACAAUGUGUUGUACUACUAUUUACCAAUGCAAGGUCUGGUCAGUUACACAACGCUAUCAAUAUCUGUUAUGAAUCCUCAUUUAAUGGUCAGGUUAUUUCCACGACGAGAUGUCACUGACCUUUUGUUCCUAUCGGCUGGUGGUGGAGCAGGUCUAUGGCUCUGGGCCCGUCCCCACAUGGCAGCGGCAGUGCCAGCUAGAAGAUUCUCCUGGGCAUUCCUCGGGGGCUGCCUCUGGCCUCUUGGCUCAAUAUUCAUGUGGGCUAUACUGAGGAGCUCAGUUGGACAGAGGCCGGUAAUCGGCACUUUUCUUGGAGUGACCACAGGAGCAAUGCUAACUAAUAUUGCACUUGACUACUUCCACUAUGUAGAGCUAAUGUUCUGCGGGGAGGUGCACCUUCCUGAUGAAGUGUACAGCCCUAAUAGUGACGAUGAGAAAUAUGAUAUUGAUAUCUAAAAAGUGAAGUCAUGUGUCAAUGUAUAAAUGAUGUAAAUAGUGUUAAUGUACGGGUUGAGCAGUUAAAUCAAAAAUCAAGAUGAUUGAAGCAAAGCAGCUAAAGAAAGGAUGCUAAGCAUGAGGCAUUUCGUGCAUUGACCAACCUGUUCCUAUCUCUAUUGCACAUAAGGCCCUCUAUUGCACCCUUAGUGCACAUAAUUAUAUUGCUGUCCUGCUUGUCAAUGUCACGGGCGAGACAGCAAUAUAUUUACGCGCGUGCGACAAGAUAGGAACAAGUGCGUCAAUGUACGAAAUUUGUCAAUGUCCUUUCUUUUAUUUUAGUCUAGAUGAGUAAUCAAUUAUUUUGACAGCUGAUUUUACCUCAAUCUUCCAUGUUUGUUUGCACUAAGUUAGAUUAAGAUUUUGCCAUAAGAAGAAUAUUUUUGGCAGUACUUAUAUUAAAUGGUAACCCAUGUUUGGGUAUUUGCUAAGUGUUGGACAAUUAACUUGUAUCAUCAUUGAAUUAAUUAAAUCAUUCACUUCUAGUAAUAGAGUAGUAUGUAGAGCUUUUUCACCAAAUAGUAUGAGCAACGCUAACUGGCGCGGACGCGUGUGGCGGAUUUUACCUACAAUGGCACCGUGUGCGUGCGACCGCGCCAGCUAGUAGACACCCUUAUUUUUGGAGGUUUAGGAAAAUAUUGUGAAUGUGCUUGAGAUUGUUUAAAUUUUCUGAUAAAAUUAAUUCAUAAAUUUCAUAUUAUAAUUUUGUUUGCAGUCAUAAGAAUUCUAGUCUUUUCCGAAUACUUGUGCUUGUUUUUUAUGUAUUUAAUUUUUUGUUAUAAUUGUAAGCCCUAAACUAUAAGAAAUAUAGUAUCGUCAUACAAGACAUGGAUUUAUUUUUUGUAGCUGGUAUACAAAGUGAA